CAUGUUGUUGGCGUGUCAUUGGUCCAUUUGCGCAUCUACAGUUUCUUCUCACAUGGACUUUAAACUUGGCACUUGCUUGUUGUUUGGCACGUCACUGUUUGGCAUGUCUCAGUGUUUACCAUCAGUUGCAGCGCUACUUGUCAGAGAACAAGCAGUCACGGUGAGCCACGCCUAUUGUCCAUGUGCUUCAUCCUCCAAUCUCUCCAUCCCUCUGCACCACGCGCUCCGUAUUUUGCAUAAAAUGUGUAUCAGUAGGGCAGCGCUGUCCCCGGCACAUGCAGGGCGCACAUGUAGCGUGGCUUUACUGAACACAUACCACGGUCGAAUAAGCGCAUCAAACUCCCCUCAGCUCCAAAUCCCCGCCAAUGAAAAUGCACAAAAGCGUGAAAGAGAGAGAGGGAGAGAAAGGACUCCGCGAGAUACAAAGAGUGAGCCAAAUCCCACACGAACAGACACAACACAAGUUGAGCGAACGGAAAGGCGGUCACAUUUCCUACUCACCUGCAAACGUGAUGGAUGUGGGUGUUUGUAUCGGUGGGUGUGUAUGUCUUGACUGUUUUCGGGCAUGCUGACUGUACUUUCUUGGAAUUCAUGAGAAUCGUUUAAUCUUCGCUCACGCUACAUCACAACCUCUCCAGCCGAGGCGCUGUAUCCAGAGCACAGAAGGCAUCCAGGUAUCUUUGAAGAGACCAGUUCGUCUAACUCGCCUCUGUCAGACCAGAACUGAGCACUAAGAGAGACACCUGCCGACAGUUUACUGGGAAAACUUUACGUGCACUGGACACAUUUCCAUCACUGCUUCCCAUUUUUGCUCUCCAUGGAGCAGGUGUUUUCCUCAAAGCUGUUUUUUGACUUUCUCACCUGUGUUCAAAAGACUUUUGCUCCAGUCUAGUGACUUUCACGGGCGUCUAUCUUCAAGUCUGUUUAAAGUCAUUGACAUCAACAAGAGAAAUGGAUAACAGCCCUGGAGGUGGAGUUAUCCUGUAUGCAGGCUCCUCUGGCAGUGCCAGCCCCAGCCCUGGCAGCCCCUCCAGUGGGUACCAGACACAGUCACCUUCUUCACACUCCCAGCCCUCAUCUCCAGAGGAGGUUACCUUCACAGAGAUUGGGGCGUUAAAACAGAGGGCAGGUGGGUGCACCACCCCAUCCUCCAAACUAGUGUUUCAGUUCCCAGAGGUCUACAGUAGUGCCUCAGCAGCAGCCAAUCCACAGCAUACAUAUGCACACCCCAUCGCAGGAAAGAGGCCAUGCGGGUUCACAGGAACUUUCACAAAGACAGGUGGAAUGGUCCUGCUUUGCAAAGUCUGUGGGGACAUCGCAUCUGGUUUCCACUAUGGAGUGCAUGCAUGUGAGGGUUGCAAGGGUUUUUUCCGCCGCAGCAUCCAGCAGAACAUCAACUACAAGAUGUGUGUGAAGAAUGAGAACUGUCUGAUCAUGCGCAUGAACCGCAACCGUUGCCAGCACUGCCGCUUCAAGAAAUGCCUUUCUGUUGGCAUGUCAAGAGAUGCUGUGCGUUUUGGCCGCAUCCCUAAGCGAGAGAAGCAGCGACUUCUGGAUGAGAUGCAGAGCUACAUGAACAGCCUAAAUGAGUCGGCUGCCAUGGACAUGGACUCAUCUUCAGUGAAGGAUGCUCCCUCCAGCCCAGAGGAUGGCAACUCAAAAGAGGCCAUUGGGGCCAUCUCCAGAGCCUACCGUGACAUCUUCACCAACAGCAGCAGCAGCCAGGAGAGAGCAGCCAAAAGGGCUAACAUCACCACCAACAACAACACAUCUCCCUUUUCUCAGGAUGCCAGUUUUCCCCAAGUCUCCUCUCACCCCACCUCUGCCCAGAGUUAUCAGUCUUGCCCUGUUGCGUCUGCCACUCGAUGCCCAGUUGCCCCUAUUGACAACCAACAUACAUUCCACAAUGUGGACAACAAUCGCUAUACCUACUUAGUGUCAACUAAUCAGAAUCAUGAUCACUCUACCAGUACAACACCUCAAAGGGGCAGCUCUGCCAAUCAUAACAGUUUUUGCAAUGCAGAAAGUACCCAAGAUCAGCCCUCCUGCCUGUGGAAAUUAGCUCCAGGAGCUAAAGUGCUGGCUUGUCCUCUCAAUGCAUGGCCUGUAUCAGGGGCAGAGCGCACGAGUCAGGAGAUAUGGGAAUCCUUCUCUCAGUGUUUCACUCCUGCUGUCAAGGAGGUGGUAGAGUUUGCCAAGGGCAUCCCAGGUUUUCAAGAGCUUAGCCAACACGACCAGGUCAUGCUGCUCAAAUCAGGCACCUUCCAGGUUCUGAUGGUGAGGUUCUGCACCUUAUUCAAUGCUGAGGACCGUACGGUGACCUUUCUGAAUGGCCAAACUUACCCCCUGUCCACCCUACGGGUCCUGGGCAUGGGCUCUUUGCUGGAUGCAAUGUUUGACUUCAGUGAGAAGUUGGGCUCUCUGGGGCUAGAGCCUGAUGAAAUGGCCCUCUUUAUGGCUGUGGUGCUGGUCUCUGCAGACCGUUCUGGCAUCUCGGACAUGCGGGCUGUGGAGCAGCUACAGGAGGGUCUGAUCCGUGCCCUACGGUCACUGAUCACUCGCCGUCGCCCAGAUGACACCACCCUCUUCCCCAAACUCCUGCUGUGCCUGCCAGACCUGCGCACCCUCAACAAUUUGCACUCAGACAAACUGUUGGCCUUUCGCAUCGACCCUUGAGCAGGCUGCUUGUUCAGAGCACACAGACAAAAACUGUUUUACAUAGAAACAGAUCAUACACCACACACACACACACACACACACACACACAGAGAGAGAUACUAUCUAUCAAGGGCAGGACUUCCUUGAAAAUUGAGGAACAAGGAAUUGUGCAAUUUGAGGAGCAUUAUUCAAAAGGAUAAAUGAGGACAGUAGCGAACAUAUUUUUGAUUCGUUAUUGAUCUUCAUGCAAUGUUUUGGGACAUAUAAACAUACAAAUAUAAACUCAUGUAAACACAUAAACCUCAACACCUCUUGUACUGUUCAAGUAAAAAAAAUUAUCAUGUAGAGUUAUUACCCUUUUGGACAAAUUAUUUGUGCACUUGCUCAUUAAAUCCAGUGUACUUGAGAAUAAAAGCCAGUUCACAUCUGUUCCUUAAAUCGUACAGUAUCAACAGGCCAUCACUAAGCAGCAGCUGAAAGAGUGAUAAUGUAGAUCUAAACAGUUAUUACUUAGGGAUCAUUAGUGAUGAUUGACUAUGUCAGUUUGUGUUUAAGAGAAAGGGAAUCUGUAUAUAAUACAUAGCAAAAUCUGAAAUAUUAAGGUAAUUAUGUAUAACAGUUUCACAAACAUACCAUCUGCAUUAGUACUGGAAUAAGACCACUAUUUUAAUGUGUCACUUGCACACAAUAAGAUGCAUUCUGUCUCUUACUAUUUUUGACUGAUCUUCCAGAAAACAUUUGGCACGCCUCGGGUUUAAAAAUGCCAACUUCAUAAGUCAAUGGCAUUUUAUAGUAUUUCACAAAAACUUGUGUCUACGUCACUAUAUCGUAUCACAUCUGGACUGAUGGAUACGCUCCAUGCAUGUUGGGUUUUGUAGUUCCUUUGUUUAUUUUUAUUGCUGUAAAUAUUAUGUUACUCCAAUGUCUUUGUAUCACUGAAUGAACUGAUGUGAGGUAUUGGACAGAUGAGUUUGGUACGAAGAAGAAUGUACUGACCUUCCUUUACUAGAUGGGGGUUUGGCCAUGCCAAGGGGGCUUUGCACAGGAGAAUAGUAGGGAUUCUCAGAUGGUUUAGACACACUUCCUGCUAUCAGAUGAUGUAACCAACCAGCAUAAUCCCAGAAAUCACCAGCACUCACUCCACAUUCACCCUUCCUCUGCCCCCAAUGUUUGUCAUACAAACACAAGAUAUUUUUGGGUGAGAGAUCUUAUUUGAUUGGUCCUCUCACUGUUUGCUUGUUUGAUUGUGGCUGAUUGAGGACAUCUUGUACAUUUUGUAAAUCUUUCUUCCUAAAUAUAAAUGAUAUAAAGUUCAAAUUAUGUAUUA